AUGGCAUCUACAACCGACACCACUACUCCCCCUUCUACAGACGACAUCGCCGCCCGCCGCUACGCCGACUACCUCCGCUUCAAGCACUACGCCGCAUGGACCUUCGUCGUCGCGUCCCCCGUGCUUAUUGCGCUGCCCCCACGGAAACUGGACCUGUACACGGUCGCGCUGUCAAGCGCCUUCGUCGUCUCUGCCAACCACCUGUACCGGGAGCGAUACGGACGAGGUAUUCUCGACGGGAUAGGGAGGCGGUUUGCGCCUGACAUCAACACCGAGAACAUCACCAUCAACACCAACAAUACUUCCUCCUCGUCAAGUACUACAGGGGGCUUCCUAAACGACCUCCCCAGCGCCCGCGCGCAGGAAAUCCACAACAAACUACGCGCCGCGCGCGAGGCCAAGAUCCGCGAAGCCGAAGCCAGCGGCGUAGUCAGCGAGGAAAUCGAGAAGCUGAAAGCGCGGCAGCAGCAGCAGGAGCGGUCGCUCGCGGAGCGGAUCUGGAUGGGCAAUGAGACGGAAGGGUGGAAGGAGCGGAGGCUGCGCGAGGAGCAGAAGGCGUUGCAGGAAGGGAAGGGGUAUGGAGAUUUGAUUCUGGAUCAUAUUUGGGAGCUGCAUACAUAUCACAUCACAUCCCAUCAAUCGGGGAACGGAACCGAACGGAACGGAACAGAACAGAGCAGUUAUAUUGAAUAG